GGGCGGGGGGCUCCCGAGCGCCCGGCAGGAAGAGACAAACCCACCGACCGCAGCAGGCCCCGCGCAUCCGCACCUUUGGACUCAGCCAUGUGGGGUCUCCUGCUCGCCUUGGCCACCUUCGCGCCUGCCGUCGAUCUGGGUCUGGGGACGCCCGGCGCCUCCGGGCUGGGCCUCGCGCCGCCCGCUACCACCAAGGCCCCGGUCUCGACCCUGGCCCCGAGUAGCAACCCGGCACAGCAGCCCUCGGGGAAGAAUAACGGGACCUCAGAACAGCACGUCCGGAUUCGCUUCGUCAAGAAGAAAAAGGUCAUUAUAAAGAAAAGAAAGAAGCUAACUAGACCCAGACCGCUGGUGACUACCGGGCCUCCAGUGAUCACCACCCCUGCGGGAGCCCUUGACCUCCCAGAGGAGAAGGAACCAGGCUGCCCCCCUUUGGGCCUGGAGUCCCUGCGAGUUUCAGAUAGCCAGCUCGAGGCAUCCAGCAGCCAGUCCUUUGGCCUUGGACCACACCGGGGACGGCUCAACAUCCAGUCAGGCCUGGAGGAUGGUGAUCUCUAUGAUGGGGCCUGGUGUGCUGAGCCUCAGGAUGCUGAGCCGUGGUUUCAGGUGGAUGCCAGGCACCCCACCCGCUUCUCGGGCAUUAUCACACAGGGCAGGAACUCUGUCUGGAGGUACGACUGGGUCACAUCAUACAAGGUCCAGUUCAGCAAUGACAGCCGGACGUGGUGGGGGAGCAGGAACCGUAGCAGUGGGAUGGAUGCGGUAUUUCCUGCCAAUUCAGACCCAGAGACACCGGUGCUGAACCUCCUGCCUGAGCCCCAGGUGGCCCGCUUCAUUCGCCUGCUGCCCCAGACCUGGCUCCAGGGAGGCGAUUCCUGCCUCCGGGCAGAGAUCCUGGCCUGCCCUGUCUCAGAUCCUAACGACCUAUUCCCUAAGGCCCCUGCACUGGGAUCCUCUGAUCCUUUGGACUUCCGGCAUCACAAUUACAAGGCCAUGAGGAAGCUGAUGAAGCAGGUGAACGAGCAGUGCCCCAACGUCACCCGCAUCUACAGCAUUGGGAAGAGCCACCAGGGCCUGAAGCUGUACGUGAUGGAAAUGUCGGACCACCCUGGCCAACAUGAGCUGGGAGAGCCCGAGGUGCGCUAUGUGGCCGGCAUGCAUGGGAAUGAGGCCCUGGGGCGGGAGUUGCUCCUGCUUCUGAUGCAGUACCUGUGCCGUGAGUUCCUGCGAGGGGACCCGCGGGUGACCCGGCUGCUCACCGAGACACGUAUUCACCUGCUGCCCUCCAUGAACCCUGAUGGUUACGAGACUGCCUUUCGCCGGGGCUCGGAGCUGGUAGGCUGGGCAGAGGGCCGCUGGAACCAGCAGGGCAUUGACCUUAACCAUAAUUUUGCUGACCUCAACACACCGCUGUGGGAAGCAGAGGAUGACGGGCUAGUGCCUGACACCGUCCCCAACCAUCACCUGCCACUGCCCACUUACUACACCCUGCCCAACGCCACCGUGGCCCCCGAAACGCGGGCAGUGAUCGAGUGGAUGGAGCGGAUCCCCUUUGUGCUGAGCGCCAACCUCCACGGGGGUGAGCUCGUGGUGUCCUACCCGUUCGACAUGACUCGGACCCCGUGGGCUGCCCGUGAACUCACGCCCACCCCGGAUGAUGCCGUAUUCCGCUGGCUCAGCACCGUCUAUGCUGGCACUAACCGGGCCAUGCAGGACCCAGACCGCCGACCCUGCCACAGCCAAGACUUCUCCUUGCACGGCAACAUCAUCAACGGCGCUGACUGGCACACAGUCCCCGGGAGUAUGAAUGACUUCAGCUACCUGCACACCAACUGCUUUGAGGUCACCGUGGAGCUGUCCUGUGACAAGUUUCCUCACGAGAACGAGCUGCCCCAGGAGUGGGAGAACAACAAAGAUGCCCUCCUCACCUACCUGGAGCAGGUGCGAGUGGGCAUUGCAGGAGUUGUGCGGGACAAGGACACAGAACUCGGGAUUGCCGAUGCUGUCAUUUCUGUGGACGGGAUUAACCACGAUGUAACGACAGCAUGGGGCGGGGAUUACUGGCGCCUGCUGACCCCAGGGGACUAUAUGGUGACCGCCAGUGCGGAGGGCUAUCACUCAGUGACGAGGAGCUGCCGGGUCACCUUUGAAGAGGGCCCAGUGCCCUGCAAUUUCCACCUCACCAAGACUCCCAAACAAAGACUUCGAGAACUGCUCGCCUCCGGGGCCAAAGUGCCCCCAGACCUUCGGAGGCGUCUGGAGCGCCUGAGGGGGCAGAAGAAUUAACACCUCCAGGUGAACAGCCCCAGAGCCUUGGGCAGGCUGGACCUGUCCAGAACUGAAAGCGGGAGGGACAGAGUGGGGGGAGAGGUGCUGAGGCUCAUUAAAGCUACUUGGUACCUCA